GAUCAAAGGUUCCAAAUAUGUGCAAGGCAGGUGCAUGAAAGAGUACUGUUUAUGUAAAGGACGGACAGGGGAGCUCAGGUGCAGGGCCACAUACGCGGUUUCUAAACAACCAUUACUAUCAAUAGCACAUCCCCACUUUUCCCCUUUCUUUGACCCACUUCUUUAUAAUUGCACCUGAUCUCUCAUGAGCAUUAGAAGAUGACUUCUUCCAUGGCCUUACAAGGAGCUUCUUCCUCGCUCUCGUCUACUUCUUCCUCCAUCCAUUCAUGGACUCACGAUGUAUUCUUGAGUUUUAGAGGUGAGGAUGUUUGCCAAAAAUUUAUUUCUCAUCUAUACCAUGCUUUGCAUCACAGGGGAAUCAACACCGGUAUAGACAAGAAUCUUGAAAGAGGGGAAGAGAUUUCGCCAGAACUUUUCAAAGCUAUUGAAAGAUCAAUGAUUUCUAUCAUUGUACUCUCUAAAAACUAUUUAGAGUCCAGAUGGUGUUUAGAUGAGCUAUUAAAGAUCAUUGAGUGUAAGGAAAAUGUAAAACAAAUUGUUCUACCCUUGUUUUACGAUGUAUCUUCGUCAGAAGUACGACAUCAAAAAGGAAAUUUUGGAGAAGCAUUUGCUAAACUUGGAUGUAAGAUCAAGGAUGAAGAAAAUGUUACAAAGUGGAAGGCAGCUUUACAAAAAGUAGCCAAUUUUUUCGGAUUCACAUUAGGGGACAGGGUACAAACAAAAUCGAAGCCAUUAUAGUAGAAAUGCCCAAAGGCGAGGAAAUGAUUAUUUUGAGUCCCAAAGCAUUUGUACAGAUGAAAAGACUUAGAGUGUUUAUCAAUCGUAAUGCAAGUUUUUCAAGUGGACCUAAUUAUCUCUCCAACGAGUUAAGAGUACUUGAUUGGUUUGAAUAUCCGCUACAAUCUUUGCCACCCAAUUUUCAUGGAAAUAAGCUCAUUAUCUUUAAAAUGCAUGGUAGCUUCAUCAAGGAGUUAAGCUUCAUCAAGUUCAAGGUACGUACAAUAUAAUCUUCAAUAAAUUUUUUCUUUAAUCUAUGUGGUAAACUCCUUUCAAUUUAAUUUUUUCCUUUUUUAACAGAAUGUGACAACUAUGGGUUUCGAUGAUUGUCAUUUGUUAAC